AUGUCUCCCACGGAACUUCACCCCGGUACCAAGGGUUUCUCGGACGCGGCCUCAUAUGACGCGUACCGGCCCUCGUACCCGCCCGAGGCGACGCAGCGGUUCCUGUCGCAUCUGAAGAUUGCCGACUUUGCACAUGCCAAUGUUCUCGACCUGGCGGCGGGCACGGGCAAAUUGACAGAGGUUCUGGCCGCUAGGCACGAGAGCUUCAAUGUCGUGGCUGUGGAGCCUCAUGCGGAGAUGCGCGCACAGCUGGAGAGGAAGGCGUUGAAGGGCACGGUGGUGAGGGAUGGGUUUGCGGCCAAGGUGCCAUUGGAGGAGGAGUGGGGCGAUGCGUUCGCAAACGAGGAUGCUCUCAAGGAGAUCCACCGCGUCUUGAGACCUACAGCUGUGCUGGGUUUGAUCUGGAAUAUUGAAGACUACAACAAGCCAAAGCAUUGGCAAGCCAGCACGCCAUGGGAGCAGUCACUAAACGAGCUGGUCUUUAGCCUUGGCACCGACGGCCAGCCCCGCUUCCGCGACUUCGUCUGGAAAGACGUCUUUGACCGGCAGCUCGACUCGAACCCGCUCAAGGCCGUCAAGGACGUUGUGCUCGAGGGUGGGCGGAAGAUGCCCCUCUUCAGCGUUCCUGUUGGCGAGGGAAAGGUGCCCUUCACCGUCUGGCUUACGCCCGAGGCGGUGUGGAACCGUAUCCGUACGCUGAGCCAGAUUGCUGUGCUGGAGGGCGCGGCAGCCGAGGGUUUCAAGGACAGGUUUGAUGAGAUUCUGGCGGGAGAGACGGUCGAGAAGAAUGAGAAGGGGGAGGUUGCGCUGCAUGGCGUCACAUAUUUCGCGUGGACUUCGAGGUUGUGA